GUAAACUUAUCUUGAUAGUCGGAGCAAAGUAAACAAACCCGAUGGAGUGUCCGGCGAGGAACGUGGGUGAAUUAACGCUGGUGUGCAUUGAACUGGCUGCUGAGCUAGAGGAAAAAGCGACCAUAGAAGAUAAGGAGGCAUGCAUCGUGGAACACAUAACUCAGUACAGCCGGGAGAAGGUGCACAUGGUGGAUUUUGACAGCGGCCUGGAGUGGUUCAAUGUGACACGACCCCUGACUGUUGAGGAUGAUCUGCACGGCCGCAUCGCUGUACUAGACUUCUUCACCUAUUGCUGCAUAAACUGCAUGCACAUCCUACCUGAUUUAGAAGCUCUAGAGGCCCUGCAUCCCCCUUCUGAUGGGGAGGUGUUAGUGGUUGGCGUUCACUCUGCAAAGUUUGAGAAUGAGCGACUCUCGGAAAACAUACUGGCAGCCAUUAAUAGAUAUGGCAUCCACCACCCAGUUGUCAAUGAUCCCCAGGCCAAGAUGUGGAUGGCUCUUGGUAUCACCUGCUGGCCUACCCUCCUUAUACUGGGUCCUUGUGGUGAGCCUCUGUUUGUUCUGGUUGGUGAGGGGCACAGGGACAGGCUUCAGCUCUAUGUCAACACUGCAAUUAAACAUUUUUCAGGCUCUGGGAACCUCAAGAGAACCCCUGUGCCCAUAGCUCCUUCAGAACACUGCCAAUCGUCAAACACUAUUCUCAAAUACCCUGGCAAGGUUGCUGUUCACCCAAGAGGACUCAUUGUGUCAGACUCUGGCCACCACAGACUCCUCCUCACUGACCACCAGGGGAAUGUCAUGCAAGUAGUUGGGUGUGGGGAGUCAGGUCACCAGGACGGCCACUUCUCUUCAGCCAAGUUCACCAAUCCCCAAGGAGCCAUCUAUCACCAUCCUGACACUAUUUAUGUGGCUGACACAGGGAACCAUCGGAUUCGUAAGGUGGACAUUGCAAGCCAGACAGUGAGCACCAUUGCUGGUACUGGAAAGAAGGGGACAGACCACGAGGGUGGCAAUGUGGGCACUGCACAGACUAUUGCAUCUCCAUGGGAUGUCUGCCUCACCAGGAGUCUCGAUAAAACACCUGAUGAGACCGAAAAUCUCCUACUGGUGGCCAUGGCGGGGACACACCAGAUCUGGGGAGUGUUUCUGUCAGAGGGAAAGUGGCACAAGGGGAGCUCAUAUAAAGAAGGAACUGUGGUGAGACUCGCAGGCAGUGGAGCAGAGGAGAACAGAAACACCUCCUAUCCUGCCCGUGCUGGCUUUGCACAACCCUCGGGACUUGCUUGCUGCCAUGUGGCGGGAAAGACAGAACUCUUCAUUGCUGACUCAGAGAGCUCUGCCAUCAGGAAGUAUGACCUGAAGGACGGGAGUGUGAAAGCAGUGGUUGGUGGGGCUCGGGACCCCCUUGACCUGUUCGCCUAUGGUGAUGUCGAUGGAAAAGGUGUUGAGGCAAAGCUUCAGCAUCCCAUGGGAGUAACAUCAGUAGGAGAAGCCAUCUAUGUAGCAGACUCUUAUAACAGUAAAAUCAAGGUCAUACAACCAACUGGCAAAACCUACACAGUGUCUACGAUAUCUAGAACUGACUCUGCUAAACUGAAUGAGCCUGCAGGGGUGUGUGCAGCUCCUGAUGGCUCCAGUCUGUAUAUUGCAGACACCAAUAACCAUACCAUUAAGAUUCUGUCCCUCACUGAUCAUUCUAUAUGUGAGUUCCCUGUGCUGAUGGUAGAUGAAGGAGACAGUUCCAGCCAAGACUUACUGAAUGGCAAUAUUGAGACAAGUCUGGAGAUGGAAGAGGUGGUAAUCACUGUCCCAAGUGAAGGGGCAGAGGAAAUCACCUUGCAGAUCAAGCUGAACCUUCCUGAAGGUGUUUCUCUUAAUGAUGCAGCUCCUAACAAGUGGAAGGUUGAAUACCAUGAUCCAAGCCUGGUCCUACCAGCCUCCCAGGGCAGCCUGCAGCAGGGCACUGAGCUCAAGGUGGGCCUUCCUGCAGCUGGUGAUACUCCAAACCGUGACUUGACCCUAUCCUGCACAGUGUUCCCGUGUCUUGCCAGCGGUGUGUGUGUCAUGGCCACCAUUGCCAGGUGUGCUGUCAGACUCUCACACGCUGAGGGGGAAGUGUCCACCAGUAAGGAAGUCCCCAUCAAUAUCAAGAUAAAGCUUUAAUAUUUCAGAAGAUUUUUCCCUCACAUCUCAGCACCAGGGAAAUUUGUACUGAGAAACAUGUAGUGUACUAAAACUACAUUGUGGCUAAAACUACAUUGUGGAUUAACUCAAACAUUUGAAGGUAUUAUGUACAGUAUCAUUGUUCUAACCAUGUUACCAUUUAAUCGUUUAUAUAAAAAAUAUUUUAUAUAUAUUAAUAAAUAUAUAUUUACAGCC